AUGGGAGUUCUGAUCUCGUGGCUCAUAUUGGCCAGGAACUGCGUCUUCGAGAGACUCGCCCUCUCGGCCGCCUGCCUCGCCCGCUCCGCCUCCUGCUUGGCGCGCUCCAAGGACGCUUCCUUGCGCUUCACCUCCGUCAGGUCGUGCCACACCAUCAGAUACACCGCUGCUCGCGAGUGUGAGGAGUGUGAGGAGGAGGAGGAGGAGGAGGAGGAGGAGGAGGAGGAGGAGGAGGAGGAGGAGGAGGAGGAGGAGGAGGAGGAGGAGGAGGAGGAGGAGGAGGAGGAGGAGGAGGAGGAGGAGGAGGAGGAGGAGGAGGAGGAGGAGGAGGACUGUGGCUGGGACUGCAACUUGCCCCGUCUCCUCCUCCCCCUCCCUGCGGCGCACCCAGGAGGUCACUUCCCCCCUGCUCCCCCUGCUCCUUCCCCUCCUCUCCCGCUCCCCCUUGCCCCGCCCCCUUCUCAGUCUCUCCCGCUUGUUUCUCCUCCUGCCCGUCUGCCUUAG